CAGAUGAAGAAGUUAGCACAACCUUCAGUUUCAGUACGCUGCUGCCUCUCAGCGUACAGAACAGCAUCCAGUGGACCAGUCUGUCUAUAAAAUUUAUGUAUUUUCUUUCAUACUAACGUGUAGUUAUUGCUGCUACAGUAAUAGUUAUUUUGGAUUUUUCGCAAGGACUGUUUAAGGAAGCCCGAGAAGAACCGAGGACGUGUGAGAGUUGAGAGUUUUAACGAACAGUCCCUUUGGUCUGCCUCCACUCUGCUUGUUAGCUAUUUGCCAAGAGAGUUAUAUUCUGCGGUCCGAGGAAAUAUGAGCUUUCUUUUUGGAAACCGUUCAUCCAAGACGUUCAAGCCCAAGAAGAAUAUCCCGGAGGGUUCUCAUCAGUACGAGCUGUUGAAACAUGCAGAGGCUACGCUGGGAAGUGGAAACCUGCGCAUGGCAGUCAUGUUGCCCGAGGGUGAAGACUUAAAUGAGUGGGUCGCAGUCAACACUGUGGAUUUCUUCAACCAGAUCAACAUGCUGUAUGGCACCAUCACAGAUUUUUGCACAGAGGAAAGCUGUCCAGUCAUGUCUGCUGGUCCUAAGUAUGAGUACCACUGGGCUGAUGGAACCAACAUCAAGAAGCCCAUCAAAUGCUCUGCUCCCAAGUAUAUUGAUUACCUUAUGACCUGGGUGCAAGACCAGCUUGAUGAUGAGACACUUUUCCCUUCAAAGAUCGGUGUCCCCUUUAAGCGAAACUUUAUGUCGGUGGCGAAGACCAUCCUGAAGCGCCUGUUCAGGGUCUACGCUCACAUCUACCACCAGCACUUUGACUCUGUCAUGCAGCUGCAAGAGGAGGCUCACCUCAACACCUCUUUCAAACACUUCAUCUUUUUUGUUCAGGAGUUCAACCUCAUUGACAGGAAAGAGCUGGUCCCACUUCAGGAGCUGAUUGAAAAACUGACAACCAAGGAUAGAUAAACAUCAAUGUAAUCCUUAUUUUAUUGGUCUUCUAGUUUUUGCACAGAUACCCACCCCACCCUGGCUGUAUGUAUGCAGUAUAUACUAUAUUUCCAUUUGGGGAAAUGUUUUUAAUAAGGCCAGGAAGAAGGAAGGGUCUUGAUAGGUUUAAGGCACCAGGACUAAUGCAAUCAGGGAUUACACACUUAAUUGAACAAACCACAGAUUAACAUAUUGGAGAAAAUGUUUUUAGCUGUAUGGAAAGAUCCCCAGUAUUCAGUCAUGGCUCACAUUUAGGAUAAUAUAGACAUAUUUUUCUUAGUUUUCUAUAACACUGCACAGAUUUGUUUUCUCACUUGGAUUUAUGGCAACACGAGGCAUUUCCAUGCUCUUAGAUUCCCAUUUCCAACUCACCUGCAGGGACGAAUAGUGUGUAAGUAAGUUGCUGUAUCAUAAUAGGAGGGCUUUGUUGGUGUUAUAUUUAAGUCAGCCUUUAAGCCAAUUUAGCAGCAGUAGCUAGUUAUUUUAUUCAUUUAUCUACAUAGAAAGAUCUGGGUUGCGGUCUACUCCUGUUCACAACUGUAAUAGCCCACAUCUGUCAAUACAAAAUAAUCCUAAGUGCCUAGCAUGGCUUAUAAUUGCCCUAUGUCAACAGUGAGAACUGUAAGAAGAUAAAGCAAAUACCACCGACUUGACAAAACAUAAAACUUUC